AUGUCAGCGGUACCUCAGUCCGCUGCUAGCGAUUCAUCCGUCCACCGUUUAGGUGCGGAUGCCAAGCCCGAGAAAUUCAGUGAUGUCGGCCAUAUCGAAGAUAUCGAAGCUUCGCAUCAACAACAUGUCAUCGCUCGUAAUCGAAAUGUAUCUGCCAAGAUCCAGAAUCCUUUGUUUGGACUAUCGAAGGAAGCCUUGUUCUCUCGAGCCGACCAAUUCUGUACCGAAAAGGGAUUCGACGACAAACGGGAUCUAUUCCGAAGAGCCGCUUUACUCUCGCAAAAGCCCGACGAGUACGAGACCAUCGAAGAAUUGACCGAUGAUGACAGGUACUGGCUUAGAAGGGAGAGAACCAACAAAUGGGAUCAAACUCGUGCUCUGUACUUCCUUGUUAUCGUCUGCUCUAUUGGUUCUGCGAUCCAAGGUUGGGAUAAUACCGGUGCAAAUGGUGCCAACUUGUCCUUCCCUGUCGAAUUUGGUAUUGAUCACAACACAUGGUUGGUCGGUAUGGUCAAUUCGGCCCCCUCUAUCACCGUAGGAGCCAUCUCUGCGAUGCUUACCGAUCCAAUCAAUCACUAUAUUGGUAGAAGAGGUACAAUCUUUGUCACUGGUCUUUUCUGUGUCUUCCCUGUGCUCGGUCAAGCAUUCACCAGAAAUUGGUGGGAACUCUUCAUCUGUCGAGUUCUCCUCGGUUUCGGUAUGGGUAUGAAGAUCACCACUAUUCCUAUCAUGACGGCUGAGACUGCUCCCGCCGCCAUUCGAGGUGCUUUGGUCAUGUCUUUUCAACUUUGGGUCGCUUUCGGUAUCUUCUUCGGUUUCUGUUCCAACUUGGUAUUCUACCAAGUAGGACGUAUCGCCUGGAGAAUUCAAUUGGCCGCUGCUUUCGCGCCUGCUGUACCUCUCCUUGUCUUGAUCUGGUUCUGUCCCGAAUCUCCAAGAUGGCUCAUGAAGAAGGACCGAUAUGGGGGAGCUUUCCAAUCUCUUAUGAGAUUACGAAAGUCUGAAAUCCAAGUUGCCCGAGAUUUGUUCUACGCCCAUUGUCAAUUGGAAGAGGAGAAAGAAGCUUUCAGAGGUACCACCUACCUGUCCAGAUUCCAAGACCUCUUUGUCAAGCCCCGUCUCAGACGGGCAAACUUGGCUUCUUGGACCAUCAUGAUCAGUCAACAAUUGUGUGGUAUCAACAUCAUGUCUUUCUACUCGUCUACGAUCUUCUCCGAAGCUGGAUACAACACCAAGCAAUGUCUUCUGGCAUCUUUCGGUUUCGGUCUCGUCAACACCAUCUUUGCCAUUCCCGCUAUUUACACAAUCGACACCUUCGGUAGACGAAAUUUGCUUCUGUGUACCUUCCCUUGCAUGGCUAUAUGUCUGUUCUGGGCAGGUUCUAUGUUCUUUAUGGAUGAAGGAAACGGUGCCAGAGUACCUGUCUUGGCCUUGGCGAUCUACCUUUUCACCGCUUUCUACUCUCCCGGUAUGGGUCCUGUACCUUUCGUGUAUGCCGCCGAGUCGUACCCCCUCACUCACCGAGAGAUCGGUAUGUCAUGGGCCGUGCAACAAAACAACAUGUGGGCAGCUGUCCUUGGUCUGACUUUCCCAAGUAUGUUGGCUGCUAUGAAACCAUGGGGUGCAUUCUACUUCUACGCUGGUACCAAUAUACUAGCCUGGGUACUAUGCUUCUUCUUCGUUCCGGAGACUGCUGGACGUACACUUGAAGAAUUGGAUUACGUCUUUGCUGUACCAGUACCGAUGUUUGCCAAGUAUCAAUCGACUCAAUGGUUACCAUGGUUCAUCAAGCGAUACGUCUUCUGGCAAAAGAGCGCGAGACUUGAACCUCUUUAUAAACUUGAGGGUGUCGCCGGUGAGAGAACCCAAGUGGAAAGAUUCCAUUAG